AUGGUUCUUUUGAUCAGGGAACGUUUAAAGAUAGCUUUCAGCAGACAGAAGAGUUAUGCAUAUCCAAGGAGGAAAGAUGUAGAAUUUAUAGUGGGUGAUUAUGUGUUCUUAAAGGUCUCUUCUUUGAAAGGAGUAAUUAGAUUUGAAAAGAAAGGCAAGUUUGCACCCCGUUACAUAGGACCUUUUGAGAUCACGGACAGAAUGAGAGCAGUUACUUAUCGGUUAGAGUUGCUAUCAAGCCUUUCUCAUGUCCACCCAGUAUUCCACAUUUCCAUACUUAAGAAGUAUGUUCCCAAUCCUUCUCAUGUGCUGCAACUAAACACAGAUGAGUUAGAUGAGAAUUUGACUUUUAAGGAGCAACUAGUAGCUAUAGUGUACUAUCAGCUAAGGCAGUUUCGAUCAAAGCAAAUUCCCAUAGUUAAAGUUCUGUGA